ACUUUCUCUCACUAAACUAAAGUUAGGGUUUUGCCUUGCAAUCUGUUUUGAGUUGUUUGAGUCAAAUAGAUGUUGAAAAGUUACAUCUGUAGUUGAAUUUCGGAAUCUGUCAUUAGUCAAUCCAGGUUCAUUGUUUCACAAAGAUCCUCAGAAAACCCUUAUCCACUUAUCCAGCAACCCUUCUCUCAGCCGGAUUUAAUUUUAAUUGGUAUUUUGUGAUUGUUUACUUUUUCAACCAUCAACAGAAACAACAUCCCAUCAUCAUCUUUGCUUGUUGUUAUUGUUCCUUUCGUAAUACUUUCAGUUGGUGCAGUUAAUCACCAUCGUCAUCAUUACUGACAAGGCCAAAUAAAGAGAAAGAUAUACACAUUGAAUUGAAAGCAUCCACUACAGGACUUGAACAGGCAACCAAAACCCCAAAUUUGAAGUCAAACCUUUAAAAGGAAUAUUUCCACCGUGGACUUAACACCAUGUUUAUCAGCUUUCCUUAACACAGUCUAAUAGUGUUAUUGAGCAUGUUGGUUGGCAAAUAAUCAAAAAGUGCAACAGUGAUAGCCAAUGAUCACAAAUUAAACGCCUUUUCACCUCUCAUAGGCAACAAUCACUUCUGUCAUUUCAACGUUAAUAAUUAUUCCUAUUGUUCCUGGUUAUUUCUCCAUCUUGACAAUACUUUCAUACAUGCAUGUAUAUGUAUGAAGUAUAUCUGGUCAACGACAACUAUUGACAAAGUGUUACCCUUAAACUUGAUUAUUGAAAUAUUACUCUACUCCAUCAUUGUUUUCGUUAAUUUCCGUGCUUACCAUUUCUCUUGAAUUUGAUGGAGGUUGAAAUGAACGGAGUUGAUAAUCGUGUUAAUAAUCAGUCAUUUAAUUUAACUUCGGACAAAGAUAUAACGGAUUCAUCAAGCAAUGUUGAUGCAGAACAGUCGUCAGUUGGUCGGACAUACGAUGCCCUGUUAAGUGGUGCUCUGGUUAACAGUGCAUUUGAAGGUUACCCAUUUGAAUUUAAAACAGAUUCAAGAUCUCUACGUUUGUAUUAUGUUUAUCGCCACUGGUCUCUAUAUUAUCUAUUAUUCAUUUUUCUCGCUGUCCUUCAUUUGCUUGCUCUUUGGGAGCCAAUCGGCCAAACUCGGAAUAAAGCUUAUUUUGACAAUCUCACCAUUACCAUUGAACUUUUGUGCCUUACCUAUUUUGUUAUUCGUCUGGUUCUUCGUGGUUAUGUUACUCAAAGUUAUACCUUUUGGCAUGAUCCUAAAACAAUUAUCCUCAUCUGGACAGUUGUCAUCACUUUACUUGACAUUGUUGCCUACUUGGCUCUUCCCAGUAACAAAGCCAUGAGAUGGUCUCUAUGUCUUCGGCCACUUUUCAUAAUAACAUUUGCAGAGAAUCGACAGAUUCGUCGAGCAAUCAGGAGUAUACGGAACACUUUACCUGACAUAAUCAACGUUUUGAUUCUCUUCUUUCUCUCUCUUGGAGUUUCUUCACUAAUUGCAUUUAAAUUGUUUAACAAAGCUAAAUUAUUUCAUGAUGAAAAAGUGUCCGAGAGUUUAAAUUAUUUUGAUAAUUUCAUCGACAGUUUUUACCAGCUUUACAUCUUAGUUACCACAGCAAAUAACCCUUCAAUUAUGAUGCCAAGUUAUAAUAGGAACAGAUUAUAUGCAAUAUUUUUCAUCAUUUUUCUAAUCAUAAACCUCUACCUGUUCAUGAACAUAAUAUUAGCUGUAAUCUACAACAAGUACCGUAAACAUUUAAAGAACGAAGUUUGUAAAUUAUUACAAAUUAAGCGUGAUAAUCUAAGCCGAGCCUAUGACAUUGUAACCAAAGGCGAUGAACUUGGGAUGACUCGAGAUCAACUAGAGAUUAUAAUGGAAGCAGUCUUUCAAACCUGGUCAGUCUUUGAUUAUGCUGCUCGGCACAACUCAGUCAUUGUUGACCUCGUUUGGUCAAUUUUGGAAACAAACGGACGCAUUCGAAGAUCUGAUUUCAUGGAUAUUGGAGAUUUAAUGGCAAUGAAGAUUCGUAUUAUUUAUUCAAAAAAUUCACAAGAAUCAUGUUGCGGCUAUUGGCUUCCCUUUGUCUACAAAAGUGCACCUUCUCAAGCUUUGAUUCGGAUGGUUCAUUCACGCUACUUUAGAUACUUUUUUGAUUGUCUAAUUGUUCUCAAUGUGGCUCUCAUAGCAAUUUACGAUAAUCAUCGGCAGCUUAAACUGGAAUAUUAUCUACUUACUGCUUUUACCUUUGAAAUUUUUGCCAAACUCUACGCUUUUGGCACUCAUGGGUUUAUCAAGAGCUUUUGGAAUGCGUUUGAUUUUAUUGUCAUUGGCUUAGCAAUCGUCUUUUGGUUACUCAUUUCAUCCAAUUAUGCGACCGAGGCAUCGUUGGGCAGAUAUUUUGAUAUUGUCUUAGUAUUGAGAGCUCUUCGUAUUGGCAAAAUAAUUGGAAACAUUGAACGGUUCUCUGUUGUUGUGGUCACAAUUCGUUCCUUGGUUCCUUCCAUUGCUACUUACGGCAUUCUUCUUCUGGUUCUUUACUAUUUCUAUGCCAUUAUUGGGAUGCAACUAUUUCAUGGACUAGUCUAUUCAAAUCCUUCCGGCUGCUCAAGUGACUCAAUUGAUUGCUGUCCAGAAUCUUUGGCUUCUAAAAAUGUAACAAUGUGUACAAUCAAUUUUAAUAGCAUUGCAAGUUCCUUUCUCCUUUUGUUUGACCUUAUGGUGGUCAAUGAAUGGCACACUUUGGCUCAUAAUUUUGAAAUUUUAGCCGCAUCCAAAUAUACUCGGCUUUUCUUCAUCUCAUUCCAUGUUGCAUGUGUAAUAAUUGUGCUCAAUAUUUUUGCUGCCUUUGUUAUUGAGGCUUUCAUCUUGGAAUAUACGAAUACAACUGAAGGCUCAGUUUAUCUCAAUUCUGUUCUCAACAAGAUUAAACAACUUGGUUUGUCCAGUGUUAACACUAAUGGUGCCUUGUCAACACCCAAUACCAAAAAAGGUGAUCCAAAUAAAAUCAAUUCUGGCCAAAGUUCAACAAAAGCCACCAAAGAAUCGUUGCAAGCUGAACAAUUAGAUGGCUUGGUUGACUUUGAUUUUAAUCAGUAUGACGAUUUUGCUGCCUAUGGUGGAUCAAGUAAUCAUCGAUCGUCUAUUUUUUAUCUUCCCGAUAAGCCUGAGCUUAAGGUUCACAUUGUUGAAAGAGUUUCAGUUGAAUCACUGUUAAUCCGAAUGUUUCAGAAAGAAAUUGAAAUGGAAUCAUCUGGAUUAUAGUUCUGGUUCCCAAAUUUUAUUUUAAUCAACAUCUAAAAGACCCGGAUUUCCCUGAUUCACUCCCAUAAAAGUGCAAUAAUUGUCUACCACAUAAUUAAAUUCACCAUUGUUUAAACACACUCCAUAAUUGAUCAACAAUUUCCUCCUAUCAACACAAACAUUAGUCAACAUCUUCCAUCGCAAUUUAUCCUCAGUGCUUUAAAGAUCAUCAAUUAAUCAACUUUUCUCCCAAAUUAUUCCAUGUCUCCAUUACUUUCUAAUCCAAAGAUUUCAUUAAUUUCUCAUUAUUUCUCAUUGUAAAGAUUUAACUUAUUGCUUUCAAAGCUACAUUCAGCAAUCUGAAAUCUUUCUCAUCACCACUGAGUAAAAGAUCUGAAAGAAUUCAUCAUUUUAGUCUAAUAGCUAAUCAUCUUUUACUUUUGUUAAGCUAAAUCAUUGUCAAGCUUAAAUCUAAUCAAAUGUAUUUUCUUAUUACAGUCUUUCCACCAAGACUGUUGUCAAUCUUAAACACACAAAUUUAUUCAUAUUCAAUUUUUUAAUUGUCCGAGUAAUUUAAUAACUUCAAUAAUAAAUUAUUAUCAAUAAAGAUGUAAUAUUAAAUCAUUUU